AUGCUGCACCUGGAGGCCCUGCGCGCCCUACGCCGCAACAACAUCGGCAGCGUCGCCGACCUGCCUGUUUUCCCGCCCUCACGCGUGUACGGCCGCGAUCGCCGCCCCUGGAAUCGCAUCACCGCCGCCGACGAUGACUUUGUCAUGUGCCACAACGACCUCUCCCCGCACAACAUCCUGGUUGAUCCCACCGACGACAGCUUCCCCAUCACUGCCAUCAUCGACUGGGAGUACGCCGGCUUCUUUCCCGCCGAGUUCGAGCUGCCCCUCUGGCAGUGCCCUGAGCGCAACGAGCGCCACGACAUGAUGCGCGCCUACACAGCCCGCGACCUCGCCUUCUUCGGGCUCACCCCGGCCGACAUGAAGGACUGCGUCGAGGACAUGCCGUCGUGGCUGGACGCCGCAGUGUAA